AUGGGUAAAUCAGUGAGCGAUUCGAGUGUAACAAUCAAAACAGCAACUCAAGCAAAUACGGGGUCAGCAAGUCAUUCAUCUGACUGUUCAAGAAGAACACUUGCAUCAACUGCAACAGAUCAAGAAAAAACAUUGGUGCAAAGUCAAGAUAAUUCUGAACAAUUUUUAAAUUCUGAAUUUGCUGUACAACAUGGUCCUGGUUACAAUUGGUUGAUCGCCGCAAUUAUUAUUGUAGCUGAUAUGGUUGGUGGGGGACUUGUUGCUAUGCCAGCUGGAUUUCAUGAUACAGGUUUCAUAUGCAAAGCUUCUGCUGCUUCUUCUUUUGGCUUUUGUUCUAAGUAA